AUUGAUCGUUCGGAAAGCGAGACAACCAUGGCGAAGAGUGUUUCCAUCAGCGAAGGAGGAGGAGACGAUGGCGUUCGAAGACGAGCAUCAGUCAACGACCCUGGCGCCGACGCUGCCCUCGCGAAGAUGGGUUACCAAUCUGAGCUUCCUCGAAAUCUAUCCAUGUUGAGCAUUCUCGGCAUGUCGUUCGCCAUCAUGGCUGUUCCUUUCGGUCUUUCCACAACACUUUACAUCACGCUCACCGACGGUCAAUCCGUUACCGUGCUGUAUGGCUGGAUCCUCGUUUCUCUCAUCUCCCUGGCUAUCGCUGCUUCGCUCGCGGAAAUCUGUGCAGUAUAUCCUACAGCUGGCGGCGUUUACUACUGGUCGGCCAUGCUUUCGACGCGCGAAUGGGCGCCCAUCGCCUCGUGGGUCACCGGUUGGUUGACUCUGGUUGGAAACUGGACUGUUACGCUUUCGAUCAAUUUCUCGGGUGGCCAACUCAUUCUGUCCGCCAUUACGCUUUGGGACGAGGAUUUUGUACCGAAUGAAUGGCAGACUGUGCUUGCGUUCUGGGCUGUUAUGCUUAUUUGCAUGAGUGUUAACAUUUUUGGAGCCAAAUAUCUGGAUCUGAUCAACAAGAUUUGUAUCUACUGGACGGCAACCAGCGUAGUGGUUAUUAUGGUUGUGCUGUUGAGUAUGGCGGAUAACAAGAGGGAUGCCGAGUUUGUGUUUGCGCAUUACGAUGCCAGCCAGAGUGGAUGGCCAUCAGGAUGGGCUUUCUUCGUCGGUCUCCUACAGGCUGCUUACACGUUGACUGGUUACGGCAUGGUCGCCGCCAUGUGUGAAGAGGUUUCCAACCCAUCCCGCGAAGUUCCCAAGGCCAUUGUUCUCUCUGUCGCUGCGGCCGGUGUCACGGGUGUCAUCUACCUGAUCCCUAUUCUCUUCGUUCUCCCCGACGUACAACUGCUUCUCGAUGUCGCUAAUGGACAACCUAUUGGCCUGCUCUUCAAGACUGUCACUGGCAGUGCAGGCGGUGGCUUCGGACUCCUCUUCCUCAUCCUCGGUAUUCUCUUCUUCGCUGGCACCGGCGCAUUGACCGCAGCCUCGCGCUGUACCUACGCCUUCGCUCGCGAUGGCGCAAUCCCCGGUUCGCGACUGUGGGCCAAGGUAGACAAGCGCUUUGAUAUCCCUCUCAUGGCACUCGUCCUUUCCACAGUCGUCGACUGUCUCCUCGGCCUCAUCUACUUUGGCUCUUCAGCUGCUUUCAACUCCUUCACUGGUGUCGCAACAAUAUGUCUUUCCACAUCCUACGGCAUGCCCAUUCUCAUCUCCGUGCUACGCGGUCGUAAGGCUGUACGCCAUUCGUCCUACUCGCUCGGCCGUUUCGGUUACGCCAUCAACAUCGCCAUGAUCGCCUGGAUCUGCCUCGCAGUUGUGCUCUUCUGUAUGCCGGUCAGUCUGCCAGUUGAGGCGGCUACUAUGAACUACGCGAGUGUAGUGUUUGCAGGUUUCGCGGCAAUCAGCGUGGGGUGGUAUUUCAUCCGCGGCAGGAAGGAGUUUUCCGGACCGCCCGUGCCGACAGACGCGGAGCCUGCCUACCAUGUCCUCCCACAACGUACCAUGAGUAACAUGUCUAACAAGCGCAACGGCAGCGACUGGCGACCCUCCAUAGUCGACCUCACCUACCAUGACGAUACGCAAGAAAGCGACGAGGGCCCGUUGUCGUCGCUGCCUUUGGGAACGCACGACCCUUCCAUGACACCACAUCUGCCCGUACCUCCUCCAUCGUCACAGCCACCUAUUCCCACAACGCCACUCACAUACGCACAUCCACACUCGCCAUCUACCGAAAGUGCGUCGACGGCGACAAAUUUAGCAAAUAUGCGACGCAAUGGUGCGACACCAAAUAGCUAUAUGUCGGUGCCUGGGCAUGCGCAUGCGCAUAACGGAACUCACCACCAAAGGCCAGCCAAGAGGAUCAAGAUGUCAGAAUACAGUGCAGCCAACAAGCCUCCGUCGGUACAAGACAUCAACCGAGCCUUGAAGAACACCGAGCCUGCGACCAUACUGCAAAACGUUCGGAUGAGCACCCCACGCACGCUGCAUAUCGGUCGCCAGUCGGCAGGUAACAGUGCGAGCCCAGUCAUGAAUGUACCAAGUCAACGAGAACAGCCCCGCCACCCAGCUACUCACAAAGAAACACGGCAGACAAGUGCAGUGAUAUCAGAUAGAGUUGCAGGACCAUCGCGCAAUCGCCCUUCGCCAGCUGCGAGACCGAACUACUCCGUGGGACCUGCCGAGCAGCCUUCUGACGAGGACAAAGAUAGUGUCAUGUCCGAUGUUUCGUCGCCUGAAGAACCUGCAUUGCAACACACAUCGGAUACGAAAGCAAAGACUGCAAAUGCCCCUCCUGGACUUGGGCCAGCAGUAGCCCCAUUCCAUUCAUCCGCUCUUCCGAGGGGUUCGGAGGUACCUACACCUCCACAAUCCACUGGUCGAAAGAGGCAGGUCAACCCAUUCGAUGCUGAACAGGACCAAUAUCUCAUCUUUCUAAAGGAGGUAAAGCAGUUUUCGUGGGCCCAAAUCACGGCCGAGUACAACGUAGAUAUGCCCACACGUCAGUACUCUGCGCUGCAAUCCCGUUAUUCCACCUUCUUGAACAAGAGAGACAGGUCAAAAGAUCCAUCUACCUUGAUCUUGCCCCCUCGGUGGGCUGCAGAAGCGGCUGUUGAUUGGAAUCAAAUCCAUGGUACUAGUGUUUCAAGAGGACCAAGAAACAACCAGCUCACUGCUCCCCGUCAACCUGCUGUGAAACCUUCCCGACAUCUACCCGUUCAACAGACGAUAGAACGAGAUUACUCCUCAGGAGGCGACUCUGCGCCUCGUCGAGAGCGAUCGCGUCGUGCACAAAGAGUCAAUUACACAUGGCCGAAACAGCGGGGUGUUGCCGUAGAUGAAGUAGAUGACUACACCGACGAUGUCCUUGGAUCUAUGGCGGACGGUUCUGCUCCUACUCGUUCAGAGACACCGCAAGACCAUGAAGCGCCUUUACCCAAUGAGGCUGUCGCGGUCGACAACAAGCCGGUGGAGGUACAAUUCAAUACAGAUGAUGCAGCACUUGGAUUGAGCCUAUAUACAAAAUCGUGCCGGAAUGGCACUCCCGCUACGCAUGUGCCAUAUUUGAGUUCAGGGCAACGCUUAGCGAUGCAGGGCCCAUCUACCGGCUCAGAUUGGGAUCAGCUAUCAAGUCGGGACUGGCAAGGUAGCCUCCUCCAUGUCGACUUCAGCCCGGUUGAGAUAAAGCUAGUAGAGAAAACUGUGACAUUGAUUAAGAACACAAGGUCGCGGCACAGCACGAAAACAAGGCGACUUCGCGAAAUCUUAAAAGACUGCACGGAUACACAGAUUUUCCGGCUCGUUGAGAGUCUUCGUUCACGCCUGCCUUGCCGAGACCGAAGCAGUAUUGAAGCAUUCUUGCAAGAUGCCAUGGCCGGCAACAUCGCAGAGAUACCGCGAGUACAACGAUUUGCAGCCGCACGGCCGAACACGGAGAUGCAAUCGAUUCAGAAAUCGUCGACUACAUCUAUCAUACGUCAACGAGAGCUCGGUUGUCAGUCGAGAAGAGGCUGGCACACGGCGUCUAAGCCUAUUACAUACCAAGUGACGAACAAGUAUAUGGACACAUUGGGUCCAGCAGCAUGUUGGACGGGCGCCUCGAGUGAUAUCCAUACUGUAGUCUGGGCACCGGAUGGUGAACACUUUGCGGCCGGUGCUGUCGCUGUUGACGAUCCGGACUCUAUGCAGUAUAACCGACCCAACAACCUACUCUAUGGAAGCCUUAUGCAUGGUACAAUACACGAGCUAGCAGAGCACUAUAAGAUACGCAAGAAGACUGAGAGCGGUGCCAACUCAAGUCACGCCAUGUUCGCAUCACAGGAUCCGAAGUUAUACACAACAGUCACCUCGGUAGCCUUCUCGAACAGCAGCCACGUCAUGUAUUCGUCAGGCUACGACGGACAUAUUGGUAUUUGGAAAACAGACGUCAACGCCGACUCUGUUCAGCCUCUUCUAGCUGCUAAGCUUAACAUCAAAGACAAGAUCGAUAUCUUAUCAGUCAAUCAGACGCAGCCUGGUAUGAUAGCAACAGCGGCGAAGGCAUCCAGUCAGAAGGCAAUCAGAGUGCUCAGGAUCAACGAGGAAGAGCCUUGCCAGUUUGAGAAAUCGAGUUUCCAUUCAAGCAAGGCUGUCGAUCGCAUGGAUCUCAAGAUUCUUCCUACCGCUUUGCAGUUCGAACCGUUAUGUGGUGAGCAACUGCUUGCAGGUUUUGGCGCCAAUAUGAAGGAGACGGGCUUUGACAUGACCGGCGAUCUAUGCUUGUGGGACGUCGAGACUGAGGCUCCUUAUUAUAUCCAUGGGUCUAACAGGAAUGUUUUUGAUGUCACCUUCAACCCAAUCCGUUCUGGCAAACCGAUGUUCGCAGCGGGAUGUGUCGCAGUGGGAUCCAAUGUCAACCGCGGCACACGUUCGACAGUCCGUCUCUACGAUGUAAGAGUUGACAAGUUCACUUGUCCUUUGGAAUUCGAGUGCGCAGCUCUAGAUAUGAACGACCUUAUCUGGUGCCCACAUGACGAAGACCUCAUCGCAGUUGGUUGUACAGAUGGACGUGCCUACGUCUGGGAUGCGCGUUGGCCCCAUGAUCCGCUCCGAAUCCUCUCUCACAGCCGGUCUCUGAUGCCUCUACAGGAGGGUGUCAAGCAUGAAAUCACAGAUACCGGCGUUCGUUUCUUGUCUUGGGGUGACAACGCGACAAGGCUUUACUCCGGUUCAUCGGAUGGGGUGGUCAAGGUCUGGGAUGUUACACGCGCUGAAGAGAACACAUUUAUCAAAGACUUAAUCACGUGUGAUUCUGGUAUCAUGUCAGCUGCAUUCAGUGCGGACUACAGCAAGCUGGUAGUCGGCGAAGUCAACGGUUCCGUCGACAUUCUCGAGAUCGGCAGGGAUGAUACUACGAUCAAAGACGCAGACAGGUUAUGCUACAUGCCAUACGAGGAUGAUGAGCAAGAUGAGAUCCAGGACCACAAGACUGGCAACAUCAAUCCCCUAGCACCGGAAUCUGGUAUCGUGGAAGGCAAUUUUUUGCUCGGAACCCAGCAAUUGCAGACCGCACCUGUAGGAAGCUUACCAAUUCGCCAAGUUGUUCAGGGCCAGAACUACGCCGGUCCCUUCGAUGAAAGCGUAGACGCGUCAUUCCUUCGUGAGCAAGCAUUGCAGUUCCAACUCAGUCUCACAACACCGCUAGGGCCUCAGUGCAAUAUUCCUGCCUGCAAGGAGAAUCUUAACAAAGUCACCAGCGAGGAUGUUGGUGAUUCCGGGCGAAGUGCAGACCGUAUUCCUGAUGAGCUACGUCGACAAUGGAUGGCCAUCGAUACGAAAAGCAUCGUACCAGGCAAGUCAAAGUGCGUAUAUUGCGGUCGUCCAGCCCGCCCACCCGUCGAUACCAGCGACUCCGUUCUAUGCGAGCGCUGCUCUUUCGCCUGCUUCCGUUGCAGUUCCGUGAACCCCAUUGCCCCUGCUACGACGAUCCUCGUUUGCGAAGCUUGUGCGGGCGUCUGGGACAUUGGCGUCCUCGGAUACGAGUGCGUUCAGCAGCCGCAGCCGCAUCUGCGCAACAAUCACAUGGAGCCAGAUGUUCCAGUUUUGGAGACGUGGGGCGAAGAAACCCAUGCGGACAGGGAGGACGAUUUCGAUACAACACACGGUGACGAGAUGAAUGCGCUUACAGACUACUAUCUUUCGCUGGCUAUUGAUCGACCGGAGAGCCCACCGUUGUAG